AUGUCGGUUCCAAUGUUCGAAAGAGGAAACGACAUGAAGCUGACCGUGGGCAGCAUAUCGGCAUUCCCCAACAACCUGUCAGUUUGCUAUCUGGAAAGCAGAAAUAUCACAUACGCAUGUGUUGUUCAGAAAACUCAGGUACACACGGUGAACUGGGAUAGCAAAAAUGAAAGCGUAAGUUGGGAUAGUAUCAAUAUCUCAGAUACGAGCACGGACAAACCUGUAAAUGUACUUCAGGCUAGUUUAGUGCUCCCGAAUGCUCGAUCAUUGCCAUUACUAGUAGUUGGUACUACUAAUGGUGCUCAGAUAUUCGACAUGCGAACACAGAAACUUCUCGAGCAACAAAUUCUUGAUGCAGGAGUUUUCGAAGCAGAUGAUUCAUGGUUUUGGAGCAGUUUCUGCCGAGGAAUAACGUGUAAUGACAAUACAAUCUUAGAGCACACCGCCAGCAUAAGCGAUUUAGCCACAUGCCGUUAUGACGAUAUAACCUGCUCUGGAGAUAGUUCUGGAGUUAUCAAUGUGUGGAACAAGAGCAUCAAAAGUGUCCAACUGAAAAUCGCUACACAGCAUCCCAUAACAGCCAUGAGUGUGUUACGUAAACAAGUAAUUGUUGGUACGCUACGUGGACGUGUGCUAUUCUAUUCCAUCUCGGGUGGCGAGCUAAUGGCUGAAGUGUAUGCACACGCUCGGCCCAUAACAUGUAUUUCUGUGGCCCCGGAGAGCGCAUAUGUCCUGACUGGCUCGGAAGAUGGGCGAUUCAUCGUAUAUAAGUUGCAUACAAGGAAACCUCAAGCUUAUCAGGUAGAGUACCGGUUUUCCGAUGAGUUGCCGAAUUGUGCCAUUAUGGGAGCCCAGUUCACCAAUGGAAGAGGAAGCAACAUCGCAGUGACUUGUUUCGAUCGAAAUGCUAUCUACGGAUAUCGUAUAGUCAAGAAGACUUCAGCUUAA